AUGGAUGACUAAUUUAUUGAAGAAGACUCUCUAAACUUCACAAAGUUGAAAAUAAUCAUUAUUUAUAUUAUUACAAUGCUUUGCUUUAAUCUUUGUAUUGCUCUCUAUAAGUAAUCCUAGAGAAUUAAUAAGAAUUAUCACAAAUAAAUAAAGAUCAUCUAAUCGAAAAUUAAUGAAAAAUAUUAGAAGGAAUAAAUGAUUAAAUUUUUACUCUUAAACCAAAGAUUGAUAUAGAUAGAGAAGCAUUUGACCUUGUAAAUUAAGCCUUAGAUAAUUGAUAUAAUCUGAAAAGAAAAAUAAAAUUUAGGUUAGGCUUCAUAGAUUGACCAAUAUAUAUAAAUUCUAGAACAAUACCAAUCUCUUCGAAUUAGAAAAAGAACUCAAAAUAGCUAUUAUUGAACUUGCAAUGUAAUAAUCAAAGGAUUUGUAGGAGGAAAGUAAUUCAUAGUUAGGUGAAUUUGUAACAAAACUAAGCACUGCAAAAUACCAAAAAGAGCAAAAUGUGCAUUAAAAAACUGGAAUCCAUGGUGCUUUGAUCGUUAUCAAAUAUUUAGAGGAUAGGUCAGUUUCAGUUAAGGAGAUGAAUGAAAAUAAACUUAGAGUAUUAAUUUUAGAUGUUCUAAAGAAAAAUAAGAAAUUAAAAGUUUAAUUACAGUACACUGAAAAUCCAAUUAUUUAUGAUUCAUUUGUUAUUGAUAAAAAUUCCUCCUGUUAAUGCAGCAAAAUAUUUUGUUAUAUUUAAUGA